GUGGGACGAGUUGGCAGGCAUGAAAAUUAUAUAUUCAUCUAGAUACAUGUUACCGUUUUUCAUUAAGUGGGGCGAGUUGGCAGGAGUAAUAUUAACGAGAUUUAACCCUUUUCACAAGUGGGGCGAUUUUUUAAAAAGUGGGGCGAGUUGGUAAACCAGUUUGGGGCGAUACAAAUUGUUUCGUCUCUAAGAAAAAAGUUAGAUUUCCACUACUACUUUUACUAAAUAGGCACAAUUUGUGGACACUCGGUGCAAUUUGGGUACUGUGACUUUAUAUAUAUAUAUAUAUAUAUAUAUAUAUGAGUGUGUGUGCAAUAGAUUGGGCGUCUGUAUCGACAAAAUAGGCUGGGGAUAUUUAUUUACCCCAGUCCGUCUGUAAGAUACAUACUCAAUCGUAAAGUUCGUCUGCCUAUCUCUUACAGUUUGGGAGGUAUAACUUUAUCAUUUUGUUGGAUGCUCAUACACAUAAUGCAGGUGGGCAUGGCCACAGGAUUUUUUACCUACCUUGCAUUAGAUGUCCUUUUUCAGCUUGGUAAUACUAUGUUAACACUAAGAGUUAUAGUUCAAUUAAUGAUCAGCUUCAUAAACAUCUACAAAAACAUGCAAAUAAAACAUUUUAAUCACCAAUUGAUAUCUUAUGGCAUGUAUGGCAAAGAAACAUUGUCCUUACAUCACUUUUUCUGUGUCAUGUACCAUGCAGGAUUAUGAAAAAGGAUUUUUGAAGGAAAGUGCCAGUGGUACUCAUAAAUUUUUGCCAUCAAAAGUCCAACAGUCAUGACAGUGAGAAGGAGAAAUUUUUUCAAUUUUGAAUUCUUAAUUAGGUUUUCAUGACAAAGGAGAGAUAGAAAAGAACAUCACAUCAAAAGUAAUUUAAUUUUUUUGUCAUAAAAUGAUGAUUUGUUAAUUUUGAUCUUUUGUUGUAAUGUAAUACACAUAGCAUUUUCAUGCUGAAAUUAGCAAUUUUUCCAACUUCAAAAAUUUAAUUUAACCAUAACAUUGCCAUACAAAUGUAUAUAUUUCAUUUAUGUUUCAGUUGCAAUGUACUGCCAACACUGUGGGGAAAAUCUUCCCAAUACUGCACACUUUUGCACAGAAUGUGGCAAGUCAGUCACAUCAUCAUCAGAAUCUGAAAGCUUAAAAAUGUCAACAGAAUUAUCCUCAGGUUUGUAGACUUAUGAUGAAGUGUGCUAGAAUUUCUUAUUAAGCAUGUGCAAAAUGUGAAAUGAAUUAUCUUUGAAAUAAUAUAGGCAUAUACAGACAAUUUGUUCAAGUCUUCCAAAAAUGAGUAUAUUUCAUACAUGUUUGUAAGUUUGUUAUAGACUUUCGAAAGGAACUGAUUGAACUUAAAAAAAUAAACAAACUCUGGGCGAAAAAAAAAAUGCUGGAUGAGCCUUGCAAAGAAAUAAUAGGCAAGAUUGAAUUGAUAUUCCCAACAGACUUUUUCUAUGUGACAUUUAAUCUGAAUUGAUGAAAGUUACAGACACUUGUUUAAAUAUUAAGGAGGUUUGCUGCUAUAAAAUUCUUAAAAUAACUUAUAUCAGUUUUGUUUUCAAAAUUUAUUAUUUUACAAAGAUAUAAGAAGAUGUGGUAUGAGUGCCAAUGAGACAACUCUCCAUCCAAGUCAUGAUUUGUAAAAGACAACAAUUUCAGGUCAAAGUAGGGUACAUGUACACAUAUUUUGUACCUAAAUGUAAGUAUGAUUUGUAAUGAUUUAUUACAAAUCACUCAGACACACAUAUAAAUGUGUAACAUGAGGUCAAAAAUAUAAUACAAUAUAUGCAAAUAACAUGACAGAAGAAUAUUUAAACAUAUUAAAGUCAAUACAUAGCUCUUCAGAAUCCAACAGUGUGAAUGAUUAUGAAAAAAGAUAUACAACAUAUAUAUAUAUAUAUAGAUGGAUAUGACAUAAAUCAAAGAUAUAUAUUAACUUUUCUGAUGAACAAGGGUAGCUUUUUAUAUAGUUCAGUAUUACAAUAAGACAGUAAACCUUCAAACUUGAUGAUGCUUGGAUGAGCUGUGUAGCACAUAGGUAUGUACUUGUUUCUUAAUGACACAAUAUUUUCAUUUUUACAUAUCAGCAAAAUAUGGAAUUCAUCUUCAUUACCAUUUUGAUAGGAGGCAUUUGUAUAGCAGCUCUUUAUUUAUCAUUUGUACACAAGUUACAUUUUCUUUCCUCCCUUGGGAUAUUGUACUUGUAGAUUCAUAAUAUGACAUAAAAUUAGGGGUCAUUCAUUUAAUUGCAUGAAAAGCAAUCAUGAAUAGUGAUUUUAACUGCUUUUCUGUGGUAAUUCAAGGCAAAUUUGGUUUUUAGAUCUUUGUUUUUGAACUUAGAUUUGUCAAAUUACAUUAAGUUUCGAUCUACUGUAUACGAACAGAUUAGAAAUAUUAUAAAUCAUAAAUGAUUUUGAAAAUUUAACCCAGCGAAACUACUUCAGAGGGAACUUUUUGGUCUUUCUUUAUAAACCAAACAAAAAAUCAGAAAUCAUUUGGACAGGAUAUAGAUUUAUUUUCUUUUUGUAGAUGGUAGAAGAAGUCUUGACGCUUUAAGGAAAAGAUUUCUCAAUAGCAAGUCUGAAGCUUCUCCACCCAAAAAAAGCUGUGUGAAGCCAGCUUUAAAAAAGAAAGAGACAACAGAGGAUAUACAAGUGCAUUUACAAGUUCAAAUUUUGGACAGGCAUGACAUAGCAGUUAAGAGGGUUUUCCCUACUUCAGAAGAUAUCUUAUCAGGCAAGAUAUCUAUUACAGUGCCGAUCAAGUCAACUGGUGUCUACUGGAUAAACAAAGUUCAGGAAUAUUUUCAUGGAAAUUAUAAUUUACAGCUUAUGAGAGUUUGUUCUUUUGGUUAUAGUGUGGUUGAAAACCCAGAAGAUUACAAUAUUGCUAAUUUGAAGUGUGAGAUGAAAAAGUUAAAGAAGAAGGCCAGUGAUUUGCAAGCAUAUGUUAAAUUUGUAGACAAAGGAAAGAUCAUGUGUCAAAAAAGAUAAAGAUCAUGUUACCAGGGUAACAGAAUCAAGGACAACUUCAACUACUGCUGUCCAGGAUAAAUCUAUUGAGAUGAAAAUAAGAAAAGAAGACGGAGCCAUCAAAACAGUUGCAUUUCAGAUGAAGAUACUACACUCCAACUUACUAGUCAGGCAGGUGGAGGCAAAGAAGAUAAAGUUUUAAUUUUGGUUGAAAGAUUGUCAAUGUAUGAGGCAGGAGUUCAGAGUGCUAAGUCAGCAGGUGAUACCUCUAAACAGAAAAGAUAUGGUAGAGCCCUUAAGACAAUACAAGAUUUACUACAGCAGACGCAUCAAGGAAAGCUAGUUGAUGAAAGUGAUAUACCACCUAGAAUACCUGUUGAUGAGCCAAAGAAACAAAGACCAGAAGGGGCAACAAAGCAAAGUGAAAUACAACCAACUGUCAAGCCUACUACAAAAUCACACAGUGAACAACCAAGUACAUCACCUUCUUCACAACAAACCCAAGAAUUGAACAAUGAACCAACAUCACCAUCACAUGAAAUAGAAACAGAGCAGAUGAUAGAAACAAAAAGAGAUCAGUACAAAACAACAACUCUGCAGCCAAAGCAGUCUGGGGAUAUUAACACAGCUAUAAGUAAUGUACAGACAGCCAAGAUUCCAUCACAAAUGAGUGGUCAUGGUUCUCCUCAGGACAGGAAACCAGUUCCUAAAAUAGCUGAUCAAGUAGGCUUUGGAGGGGAGAAAAUGAGUACUGGUAAAAGGCCUGACAGAAAAUUUGAGGAUUCUCCAUAUAUUCAGGAGGAUUCCUUGAGAAUAGAUAUAAGUGACAGCGAAGAGGACACUAGUGAAGCUUCGUUGCCAACAAUGAACAUUGUGAAAAAGAUGAAAAGGGUUGAAACAGGUUGUAACCUGCUGACCUUGGAAGAGAAGAAGAAAUUGAGACAUGAUAUGGCAAAGGAUUUUGUCCCAGGGAAACCUGGAUUGAUUUCAAAAGAAUUUAUGGUCCUGAAUAAGGAUUCAAUUUAUUCAAGAUAUUUUGACAGUUCCACCACAAUUAAGGGUCUUUACAAUUGGAUAGUGGCAACAAUUCCUUAUGAAAUGUUGCCAGCUAAGUUCAUCCUAAAAUGUUUACAAUCAUGCAAGGAGGUGGACUGUUGCCACGCUUUUCCAAUAUCAACAGUGAUGGACAGAGAUGUAUUUUUACGCUCCGUCCCAACAAAGUUAAUGAUCUCUCCAAUUUGUGACAAUCCUGAAACUACCUUUACCUGUUAUGAUGAGGUAUAUUUCAGUUAUGGAGACCUUUAAGGAACAGGACCAGUAAAUGAAAGCAGACUAAUGUGUAUUUAAAUUAAAGAAAACAUUGUAAAAUAUUGCAAGAAUAAUUUUUUUAUUGAUUUAUACAUGUACUUGGAAGUGUAAAAGUUUUGAUGUAAUAAUGUUCAUAAUUGUCAGAUCUUUUUUGAAAAAAAACAUCUAUAAUGGUUUCAUUCCAUAUAAAAACUGACAUGGUUGUCAAUAAGUAAGGUUGUUUCUAUUACAAAAAAACCCUGAUAGUUACAAAUUGUUGAACACUUUUUUGCAUAUGUAAUUUUCAUUGAUAUUUUGGUUUUAUCAAACUGAUGGUUUUGGUUUUAUCAAACUGAUGGUUUUGGUAUUUUAACGCUAUAAAAUGAGGUCACAAUUACCUAAAAGCUUUUGCCAUUACUUUGCUUCCAUCUUCCUCAACCAACAAGAACCAAACUUAAGUUAAAUGAUCCUUGAGUAUCUAGAAUAUAGUUUGUGUUUUAUUUUCUGUUUCAUCAAAAAACAUGGAAGCCAUGGCUAAAAAUAGAUCACUGGGUAAAAUGCUGUUCAAAAUUUAUCUGUUCAUGAAAUUUAAAGACCAAUUUGACAACCCGUUGUUGGGUUUAUAUAAUAAAUUUCUUAGUUUUCAAUUGUCUGAGUAUUUUUUUAGAUUAAGAGAAACUGUAAACAGUGAAAAUUCAUAAGGGUUCAGUGGAACCAAGUGUCUCACCUACUUUUGAUGUUUGUGGCAGGCUCAAAAAAUUUGGAAAAAUGUAGGAUCACUAGGUCUCGCUGCAGGCUUGAUAAAGAUGUAAUCCUCAAAUAAGUGAAUGACAAAAAUAUAUCUUUUAUAAGAGUUAGGCCAAAUACAAAUAUAUGUGUGGUUACAGUUACCCUACCUUCCGUACUUUUUAGUCUGAACAAUAAAGCCUACCCAAAAGAAAAUUUUUUGUCAUUAGUUCAGCACAGAUAUAGUCAGAAUGUUGCUCCUAUACACAUAAUGUAAAAAAAAAACAACUUAAAAUUGAAAUAAAAUUACUAACUACCUACCCUUAAUUUUUUUUUACUGAAACCACACAUACUUUUCUAUUGCUUUUUAUAUAUGAUUUGUACAUUUUUAGCUCACCUGGCCCAAUGGGCCAAGUGAGCUUUUCUCAUCACUUGGCGUUUGUCAUUGUCCGGCGUCCAUCAUCCGUUAACCUUUACAAAAAUCUUUUCCUCUAAAAUUUUUAGGCCAAGUUUAACCAAAUUUGGCCACAAUCAUCAUUGGGGUAUCUAGUUUAAAAAACGUGUCCGAUGACCCGGCCAACCAACCAAGUUGGCAGCCAUGACUAAAAAUAGAACAUAGGGGUAAAAUGUAGAUUUUGGCUUAUAUCUCUGAAACCAAAGCUAAUAUGACCUAAACAAAAAGCAAAGAUAAUCAUUGAUGACUAGGUGUGCAAUUCAGGCUCUUUGAACAAAGAGUUAUCAAUAGAUUUAUGGCCAAGUUUAUGUGAUGAUCAGCCAAAAAAUAACAUUAUUUUUGUCUUAUACACAAAUCUUAUCCAUAAUAAAUAUCUUGUGUUCUUAUGUUUUUUUUUUAAUACUGUAUCAUGUUGUCAUGGAAAUAGACAGAAAUAUGUGAAACAAAAGACUUUGUGCUUGUAUAAGCAGCUCAUAAAACACUGAUAAUUUGUACACUUUGUGAAAAUGAUAAUGUUUACAACAUUACAAAUUGUAUACAACAAAUAUACACAAUGAUGUACAGUUCUGCUUUUAAAUUUUAUAAAUGGACAAAAUAAAACUUCAAAUGAU